UACAACAAGGACUAGAUAAGCAUUUUAUGCUUCCAUAAUGGUGAGCAGCCUAUUGAAGUCUGUUCUCAACACAUAAGGAAAAUUUAAGCACUCCCUUUCUUUUUAGAUAAAAAUGAAGAUUUAAAGAAACUUGCAGAGAAUGAAAUUACUCUGUGUCAAAAAGAAAUAACGCAGUUAAAGCACCAGAUUGUCUUACUUUUGGUUCCCUCAGAAGAAACUGAUGGCAAGGAUUUGAUCCUGGAGGUAACUGCAGGAGUUGGGGGUCAGGAGGCAAUGUUGUUUACUGCAGAGAUGUUUGCUAUGUAUCAGCAAUAUGCUGCAUUUAAAAGAUGGAAUUUUGAAACCCUGGAAUAUUUUCCAAGUGAAAUAGGUGGCCUCAGACAUGCUUCUGCUAGCAUUGGGGGGUCAGAAGCCUAUAAAUCUAUGAAAUUUGAAGGAGGAGUGCACAGAGUUCAGAGAGUGCCCAGGACUGAGAAGCAAGGCCGUAUCCAUACCAGCACAAUGACAGUGGCCAUUUUACCCCAGCCUACUGAGAUUAAUUUGGUGAUUAAUCCUAAAGAUCUGAGAAUUGAAACAAAGCGAGCCAGUGGAGCAGGGGGUCAGCACGUGAACACCACGGACAGUGCUGUCCGGAUAGUUCAUCUUCCAACAGGUGUUGUUUCUGAAUGCCAACAAGAGAGAUCUCAACUUAAAAAUAAAGAAAUGGCUAUGAAAAAGUUACGUGCAAAGCUGUACAACAUGCAACUGGAGGAAGAAACAAGUAAAAGAUACAGUGCUAGAAAGAUUCAGAUUGGAACUAAAGGAAGAUCAGAGAAAAUAAGAACAUAUAAUUUUCCACAAAACCGGGUCACAGAUCACAGAAUAAACAAAUCACUGCAUGAUCUUCAAACUUUUAUGAGAGGAGAUUAUUUACUAGAUGAACUUAUACAGUCAUUGAAAGACUAUGCUGAUUAUGAAUCUUUGGUAGAAAUUAUUUCUGAAAAAGUUUAAGGUGAUUUGUUAUUAAAGUCUUUUAUACAACAUAUGGCUUAGAAAAAUUUUAUGACAGCAAAUACCCACUAGUAUUUUCUUGAAAAACAUGAGUUAACACAGUAAUGUGUGUAUUCUUAAGACAUGGAUCAUUAGUGUAGAUCUCUCAGUGUAUUAGUAAAACAUACACAUAGGAUCAACAACACCGUUGUCAUAACUUCAAACUCUUCUGCAUAACAAGUAAAGUAAUAAAUAGUCAUUUGUUUCCUGUAAAGUAUUUAAUUGACAAAAAUUUUGUUUAGCUAUUAGGAAUGCUUCAAACAUAAAAUAGAAAUAUGGCAAUACAUACAACGUUAGUCAGUGUCCAGUCAGCAGCCCAAAACCUUGUCAUUAAUUUGACUGACAAUGGCAUAGAAAACAACUCAAAUACACUCACAUUGAGAUUGUACCUUCAGAUUGAGGAAACACAAAAUGAAAGAACACUCUCGUAGACCACAGGCUCCUGUUAGCAGGUGUGGUUGCAGAUUACUUGGUGAUGGAAAGCUUUCUGGGUUGCCCUGGGCCAGAGCUGGUCUGCAGCUGGUCUACAGCUUGGUAGCCCAGGAAUUAUAAGCAGAUGACCUUAGGGCCUCAGCAACUGAUAAGGGAGAAACUUUAACAUGUAAAUAAAACUUAGUGAAUAGUAAGCCUUUCUCUAUUACAGUUCCUUAGAGAAGCAGAAAGAAUAGGUGUAUACACAGAGCAAAGAUUUGAUUAGUGAGGGCUUCUGUGAUUAUCAAGCCUGACAAGUUCAAAAUAUGCAUCAUAGGCCAGGAGUGGUGGUGCAUACCUGUCAUUCAGCACUGGAUAG